UGUGCUGCAGAGGUGAACGUUUCUCCACUUAGGAAAAUGCUGAUGAGCAGCUGUGGAUUCCCCAAAAACUUUAAACCAAAACUUAUUUUACUUUAAAUAAUCAGAGAGAAGAGACGGCAGCUGGAGCGACAGGAACUGUUUUAAUCUGUGUGAGAUAUUAAGAUGAGCGCAGACACGGUGGAGCAGUCGGAGGCUCCAGCCGAACAGGCAGAGCAAAAUGGAAUCGGCUUCAAUCGACACAUAAAAACAGAGGGGAACCUCGACUCGCCUCACUCAGCCGCCGCUCUGAAGACAUGCCACCUGACGCAGAGCUCUGGAAGUCAGCUGUCUGGGGAGCUCACAUCUCUCCACACUAUGCAGCAGCUGGUUCUGAUGCCUCCAUCUCACCUGACGUCUCCCUCCCCCUUCCUGCUCUCCCAGAGCCCCACCAGCCACCAAGGGGGAUUUCCUAUUGACGGACAACAGUAUAUCCAUUCGCCCAACACGUCUGCCUAUGUCCAAACACUUCUGCAGCAGAACCUGCUGAAUCAAACAAAUCUCCUCCAGCAUCAAUCUGGACUGGCUCUGACUCCACAGGCCAUGAGCCGCUCUGGUCUGGCUGGGUCAUCCAUGGAGAACCACAUGGACAUGUCCCACCUGCAGAUGCCCAAACACAUGUCAGUGCCCCCACAGGAGGAACCCUCUGACCUGGAAGAGCUGGAGCUGUUUGCUAAAGCAUUCAAACAAAGACGCAUCAAACUGGGCUUCACACAGGGGGACGUAGGCCUUGCAAUGGGAAAACUGUACGGGAAUGAUUUCAGUCAGACCACAAUCUCUCGCUUUGAGGCUCUCAACCUCAGCUUCAAAAACAUGUGCAAGCUCAAACCUCUGCUGGAGAAAUGGCUGAGUGAUGCAGAAAACUCCCCUUCUGACUCGAUGAGUAGCACUUCUCUGCCGCCCCUGAUCGAGGGCUACGGACGCAAACGGAAAAAAAGGACAAGCAUUGAAACAAACAUCAAGCAGACUUUGGAGAAACGUUUCCUUGACAACCCUAAGCCAAACUCAGAGGAGAUAACUCUGAUCUCGGAGCAGCUGUCCAUGGAGAAGGAGGUGGUUCGAGUUUGGUUUUGUAAUCGGCGUCAGAAAGAGAAGAGGAUCUAUUGCCCUGUGACCAGUUUAUCUGUCAAGACCCACAGCUACAACUCCAGAAUGGCCUCAGGAUCCAGACCAUACAGCCCUCUGGCUUCAGGCGGAGUUUCAUCAAAUUCCUCUCCAAACAGUGCCAGCCGUGAAGCUUCUCCCAACGGUCUGUCCUCAGCCUCCGUCUCUCUGGCCUCUCAGGUCAACCCUUCCUACAGCACACCAGGGUCUUGGUACCGGACGUGGAACCAUGCAGCGUAUCAUCACUGAGAAACAUGAACUGUACAACAUGACGUUCUGAGAAGGAUGUACAAUGAAGAUGUGUGAAGGAGUAUACACUUGUUAUGAACAGGGUUACACAGCUUAAGGCAAACCCCAUAAAAAAGAACAGCAGAGGACUGCAAACACACCACACUAACUGCUGUUACGACAGCCUCAAGCUGUUUGAUUUGUGUUCAUUGACUCUGUGUAGACCGGCUGCAAAGAGGACGAAUACACAGCAAGACCUGACAAGAUCUCUGAAACUCUAGUGAGGAUUCUCAUCUGCAAACCUAUACGGCUCGAAUAGACUCAAAUACUUGGUUUGAUGAUUGUGUGCUAUACUGUUGCUUUUUUCCCUGCCAUCUUUAUGCUGUCUACAGUUGUUGCUGUUUGUCUUUUUAUUUUAGUGAAUAUUGUAUUAGUGAGUUUGAUUCAAUCCUAUUUACUGCGAGUCUGUCUUAAUAAAUAUGCAGUCAAAAUUAAAGCAGUUUGUGACUGGAGCAAAACGCCUUAUAUUUAACCUUAUUUCAAUGUACAGAGCAGCUUUAAAUUCAAUGAUUGGUUAUUUAAAGGUGUUUUAUUGCAACUUUCUAUCAGUCAUGAUAGCAGAGACAGUCAGUUUAAGAAACCGAUCAGAUCGGUUUAUGCGGGUUAUCACUUUUUUCUAUGUUAAUAAUCCAUGAUUGCACUAGAAACCGGUGGUAGUAGUUCACAAUUGAACUAAACUCAUCUGUAAUCUGUGAUUUAUUUAUUUCAAAUAUGUACCAAAUAACAUGUAAUCAACUUUUAACAUCUAGCAAACUUUUAGAAUACACACUUUCAUAAAAUAAUUAAAAUGCACAACGUUAAAAUGGUUUCAACGUCCCAGAGUAAAAAAACUAUCCUUAAUCUUAUUUAUAUUUCAAAUAAUGAACUCACUAUUUAUCCUAUAUACAGCUCACCAAGACCUUAUGCUUUUAUCACGGAAUAUUCACUCAUCAGAUUAAGCUUGCCCUUCCUCAUCCAUAAUAACUCUUAAAAUGUUUUCUAUUUCUUGAAUUGAUUUGGCCUAUAUUUAAAUUUAGCCUGCCCAAAUUUAAAAACACAUUCUACAACCUGGAAUGAAAAUGAGGUUUUAUUUUCUGCCCUUGCCUCCCUGUCUGGGAAUUGUUUUGCUUGUGGGUCAAUUAUAUAUUAAAUUCUACAAGAUCUAUAAACUUAAAGCAGCUCUGUUAGUCAUUAAUGAUUCUUUGCACUGUUUGUUUACAACAACCUGAUCUUCUGCUCAUUUCAUGUUCCCUGCCGGUCUACUGUUUAGCAAUGUUUUCCCCAGAGCUCAGUAAUUAUCUUUGGGAAAACUUCUCAAAAACAAAACCAAUAAACCAGAAUUGUAAGAGAUGUGAUAAAUAAAACAUUUGUAUUUUUCUCCUUGCUUUUCACCGAGUUAGCUUUAGUUUUUUAGAUAUUAAAUCCCAUAAGGAAACCAAGACCAACACUGUGGUAGUCCGUCUCGUAAUGUCUAUGGCUCUAUUUUGUAACAGCUACAUUUUCAACUCAAGUGAAGUUUUCUGUGCUGAAGGUUUGAACCGCGCUGUGUGAUCCUCUGAGCCUUUUUUACAUUUUUGACCACCUCAGAUCCAUAUUCACUUUUGCUCUCUGUAAUUAAAACGAGGAAAGAAUCAGGGAUUGGCUUUUCUUCUCAAUUUGUCAGUGUAAUUGUUGCUACCCUGAACGCACCUCCUGAAGUGCGUCUUCACAAAUCAGAGUUUAGUGAAGUUAAACUUUGGAUGUAAACCUCGCAGACAAUCCAAAGCUCUUUUUCAGACAGUGAAUAAAUAACAUGUCCUAUA